AUGGCUCGCAAGGCGUUCAACUUCAACGUGGGAGUCCUGGGCCACGUGGACAGCGGCAAGACGUCGCUGGCGCGGGCCCUGAGCAGCACGGCCUCCACGGCCGCCUUCGACAAGAACCCGCAGAGCCGUGAGCGCGGCAUCACACUGGACUUGGGAUUCUCGGCCUUCGGAGCGCCGCUGCCCGCUCACCUGCGCGAUGACCCCAGGGCAGGGGGCUACGAGGCUCUGCAGGUGACCCUGGUCGACUGCCCAGGGCACGCGUCGCUCAUCAGGACCAUCAUAGGAGGAGCACAGAUUAUCGACCUGAUGAUGCUGGUUAUCGACGUGACCAAGGGCAUGCAGACGCAGUCGGCCGAGUGUCUGCUUAUUGGAGAGAUCACCUGCCCCCGCAUGAUGGUCGUGCUCAACAAGACGGACAUGCUGCCCGAAGCCAAGCGCGCCACGCUCAUCGAGAAGAUGACCAAGAAGAUGCACAAGACCCUGGAGAACACCAGGUUUAAAGGGGCUCCUAUAAUCUCGGUGGCAGCAAAACCGGGCGGCCCGGAUGCACCCGAGGCCCAGGAGGCAGAGGGCAUCGCAGGACUCAUUGAGUUGCUUCUGUCUCAGACGUACUUGCCCCAGAGGGACCCUGCAGGACCACUGCUCAUGGCCGUGGACCACUGCUUUUGCAUCAGAGGCCAGGGCACGGUGAUGACUGGCACCGUGCUCUCAGGCAGCGUGUCUGUCAAUGACACUGUGGAGAUCCCUGCUCUCAAGGUUACCAAGAAGGUGAAAUCGAUGCAGAUGUUCCGCAAGCCGGUGACGUCGGCGGCGCAGGGCGACCGCGUCGGUCUCUGCGUGACGCAGUUCGACCCCAAACUGCUGGAGCGUGGGCUCGUGUGCUCGCCGGGCUCGCUGCUGUCGCUGCGCUCCGGCAUCGCCUCCGUGCGCCGCGUGCCCUAUUUCCGUGGCGCCGUGAGCACGCGCGCCAAGUUUCACGUCACCAUCGGCCACGAGACUGUGCUCGCCCGGGUCUCCUUCUUCGGAGCUGGCGGUGGGGCCGGCGACGACGGCGGCGGUGACGACGCCGCUUUCGACUUUUCGCGAGACUACGCGUACCAGGACCAGUUCCUGGCGGAGCAGCCCAAGGACCGCGCCGAGCAGGCUGAUGAGCGGACCACAUCCGCCGCCAAUCCUGUACCGCAGCACCAAUGGGCUCUGCUGGAGUUUGAGCGCCCGGUCACCUGUCCACGGCCCUGCAAGGUGAUCGCGUCCCGCCUGGACGCAGACAUCCACGCCAACAGCUGCCGCCUGGCGUUCCACGGCACGCUGCUGGAGGGCUUCGAGGAGAAGGGCUACAGCGACGCCAGCCUGGCGCACCUCCGCGUCUACAAGACCAAGAGCAAGGAGGGUACCGUGGAGAGGGCGAGCGGGGAGUAUGAAGUGAUCGGACGUUCGCUCUUCAAGAAGGAGACCAACAUGCAGCUUUUCGUGGGCAUGAAAGUCACGCUGUCCACCGGCGAACAGGGCCUCAUCGAGGGCGGCUUUGGGCAGAGUGGCAAGUUCAAGAUCCGCGUGCCGGCAACCGUAGGAGGAGGAGGAGGAGUGCGAGUCGGGAAAACGAGCAACGUGUCAAGUGAUGCAGUCCGUAAACCCGCAACACCUGGGUCUGCUCCGUGAUGAUCUUCCCCAACUCUGCGCCUUCAUCUCCCCACGUGGCCUCUUGAGUGCGCACCAAGCCUGGUCCAGGUGCCGGCACUUAGUCAUCGUGAGCCGGCUUUGCUCUCCUCCCCCCUCCCCCCACCCUCCGAGGAUGUCCUGGGACUCGUUGGUGCUGCCCCCGGCUGCCCCAGGCUGCCCCCGGCUGCCCCUGGGGCUCGAUAUAGCCAGGCCCCGGUUUAUUUAUCCCGGGCUGUGCCACAUUUUGAGAUGUGGUUUUUGCACGUAGUCGACACGAUAUAAAUGAAUACAGUUGUAAGUGUUUGUGGAGCAGAUCGUAAUAAGUGCUCUCUGUGACAGCACUUUUUCCGCGGAUUCUUUGUAGGGUGCUGGAAUGAAUUAUUAAUUUGGUUUAACACGUAGGCUUCCGCGACCAAUAUUAUUCAUAACAAAGGUUUUUGGGUUUGAUCGCGUUAUUUAUAAAUGUGUCUAAACCCUCUACCAUCCGACACGGCCAGUCAGUAAGGGAUUUGUCACGUAAACAAAACGACACAGUUACUACUUCAGCCCACCGGUGUGUUGAAGAGUGAAUCCACAACAUUUACAAUCUCAGUACGCCGUUUCGCUGGUAAUUACAUCCAGCAUCAUCGCCACAGUAAACAAAAAAAACCCCACCACAUUGCGUUAUAAUAAACUCAAUCGUUAAAUGAUGAAUUAAAAAAAUUCUGCUUUAUACGAAGGCCAAGUGUUGGCUUUAUUGAGACGUUUGGGGGGGAGCAUUGGAUAAAAAAAAGCGCAAGCUUUGUACAAAACGCGUUAUUUAGAAAGUAAGAGGGUUCAGCCAUUGUGCACGUCCCACACAGUUUUUUUUGCGACAGCUGUACAAUGCUUUUUUUUUCCUCUCUUUCUUUUUCUCGCACCACUGUCGCUUGUCGUGCCGCGCCGGCCGCUCAUUCCGCUCGGUUCUUCCUACGAUGCUUAUCGCGGCGCUUGAGCAAAAAGAGAAGGAGCCUGGGGCAGUCCCUGCGCGCGUGCGGUAACGAACAGGUUAAAGUGCUCUCUCCGUGCGCAGAGGCUAGCUUGUGCCGUUUCUCGUACGUGGGUGGAUUAGCGCUAUUUGCAAAGUACGCGAAAAGGAGCUAUUACCGAGAAUUUAAAAUGAAAUGAGAAAUGGCUCCCUGUGGAUCGGUUCUCCCCUUUUUUUCGCGGCAGCAAUCUUAAAAGCCAUAAUUUUGCCUCUUUAGGCUGCUGAUGAAAUGCGGUUCUGGUUGAGUGGUUUUUGCCGCACGGGGCUAAGUAAUGUAUUUAUUUUCUUGAUUGCGGUUUGUGCUUUUUUAAAUGAAAAAAAAACGCGUUGGGAAUAUAAGCAACAGAUUAGAGCAGUGCAUUUUGGAGUUAUUAUAAAAGCUGCCAAAAGCUGUGAUGUCGCCUAAAAGUUACGUAUUUGUAAUUUUAUGAAAUUUCCGUUAUAUAUUUUUUUAUUUGAAAGCCGCUUUCCUGCUACUGCCUUUUGCCUUUCCUUAAUCUGUGCGAAACUACAUUUCUCAGGUUAAAGAAACGCCCAUAUUCACAAUAUUCAUAACGGGCGUUCCAUGGAAGUGAAUAAAAGUUAGUGGAUUGCAUGCAUUGCUCCACGGGGUGGAGGGGGUGCGGGGAAACGUCUUCCCUUCCAAAAUUCGCAGGUUGUGACAAAAAAACAAUCCGUUUGUUCUAAUUUUCAUUGCAAUUUCCAUUGUUUUUGUGACAGAACGGCUAGUCAAUAUAUUUUGCAUAUUAAAUGUUUUUAAAAAAUGUUUUAUAACAGGAAUUUUAUAAUGACAGCAGUGGAAUGGUGAUGAUUAUUUGUUUUUUGUUAAAUUAAGUUUCAGUAGUUUAGAUUUUUCUAUAACAGCAAAUUGUUAUUCGUGAUACUGGUAUAUAACUCCCAAAACAGUACAAUAUAAUCAACAUAAUCUAUGCGUUAAACAAUUUAAUUCAUACAUUCAUUAUAAUAUACCUUCCGAGUAAAUAGUUGCAAAUUGUACUUUUAUAGUACAUACCAAUGCUAAAAUAUAAACGCAUUACAGUAUUCAUUAAUUAAUACAUUACACUUAAUUCCAUUACUUGAUAAACACAUUACAGUGAUCCUUAACUGAUAUAACACUGUCGUUAAAGCGUUUGUUUGACAACGUGUGCGUAUUAACCCAUAACUUGUAUACGUAUAAACAUAUCCACAAUAGAUGUUUUUUGGGUUAGAUCACGUAAAUAUAAAUGUGUCGUUAAACCCGCCACCACCCGACACAGCCAAUUAGUAAGGUUUGUCACGUAAAAACAUACCAAUUUGUUGCUAGUACAGCACACCGUUGUGUUGGAGAGUAAACAUAAGCUUUCUUCGGGAAUUACAAUACAGUAUUGCGCUCUCAGACUGCGUUCUGUAAUUUGAAAGCAAGAGUGCUUCGGCAGUGGCAUACACGCCAAUAUAACUCAACAUGUUCAUCAGAACUCUGCCAUGGAACGGAGAAUUUUUUUUAAGAUCGUAACCGCUCUUCAAGCAUUUACUCAAUCGACGCUCCAGCUCGGCCUUGCGUUGUUUUCGGAACUUGUGUAGAGUUACCCACCAAUCCUGUGCGUUUGUUGUGAUGUGCUAAGUUCAUUAACUUUUGUAAUGAUGGUCUAUAUAAUAAUAUGGUCCUUUAUUUUACCUAGCAAAGCCUCAACUGAGUCUCAAGUCCUGGAAUGGAUGCCCAAUGCCACCGUUAUGUUUCAUGUGCUUUUGUAUAUAUUUUAGCCACUGUAGUAUUUAUCGUUGGAAUUAACUUAUCGUCCUCCACGGAGAUGGAUUGAUUAUGUAGGUUCAUGUACGGGUGCUCUACGGAUCGUCGCAUCACGAUUUGGGGAUGCUUUCGUUUAGCACUGGACAGCUCAUGGCCAAUAACGAUGACAAUUAUUUAUUGAGAAAACUAAUUACUCGUCGCAGGCUGAAUCAAAUAGGGCGAGCAUGGCAGUAGCCCGCCGCUGGCACUUUUUCGUGCGUGAAUGUCUGGAGAGUAUCGCCAAGUUCGCGAGCGUCGCACCUCAUCCAGCGCCUUCCAAAAACCGUGCGGCGGAGGAGCCAUGUGGAGCGGGUUAGAGCAUUAAUCGCACGAAAAAAAUGUUAAAUCCCACAGACGAUCACGGCCAGGAAAGCCAACUGUGGCACACAUCUGGACAGGGGUGGCACGUGACGGCGGGAGGAAACGCCGACUGUGAAGACGAAUUGAAAAGGGAGCGUGCGUGAGUGCGUGCGUGCGCGCGCUCACAGCAGGGCCCCACUAACAACUAACAGCAUCUAUGGGGCGGAAUGAAGAAGAGGGGAGGAGAGAGAAGGGAG